AUGUCUGGAAGUGAGGUUUUUGAAAUUCAAUCUUCAAACGACCAUCCGGAGUUAAUGAACCAACAAUUACCUUCGCGUGAAGAUACUACUAUGAUACUAUCUAAGGAAGGUAAUAGCAAAGAGUUGGAUUUAACUACGGGAUCUUUUAGAGUUGACGAAAAUGAUAGUUUGAAAGAUUAUGUUAUACAACAAAGUUCCGAAUCAAAUGUACAGGAAAGAAGCAAUUUAUCAAAAAAAGAAAGAAAAAUGGAUAUAAAACGUAGUAAACACGCACAUAAAAAUUCACUCUUUCUUACUAUGUUCUGUUGUAUUGGAGGUGAUCUAAACGCAGCAAGGCUUAAGGUUUCAUAUCUAGCAACAACUUUUUUUGCAUCUAGUAUUAUUUUUGUAUUUAUGCAAGAACUAGUAAUCAGCCAACUUACGAAUGGGUAUUCCAUAAUAAAUAUAAAUGACGGAUAUUUAUUUGGACCUCCUCCUCAAGUGGUUUUUGAUAUGGGAGCAUUGGACACGAAUCUCGUUAGAAAUGGUCAGUUAGCUCGACUUUUUUGGUCAUUUUGGCUCCAUACUGGUUUUAUCCAUCUUAUUAUUAAUCUUUCAUGCCAAGUAAUACUUGGUAUCAUUUUAGAGACUCGUUGGGUAAUAUGGAGAUAUACAAUACUUUACUUUUUGGGGGGUAUUUCUGGUAAUUUGGCCUCUGCAGUUUUAGACCCGUGCACUAUUUCUGCAGGCUCUUCAGCUUGUUUUUUUGCACUUUUGGGGGGGAUAAUUGUAUUACUAUUGGAGAAUUGGAGAAAUUCCCGUUGGCAAUUUUUAUAUGUUAUAUUAGUUAUUAUUGCUUCUUUGGCUGGGAUUUCUCUUAGUUUCAUGUCAAAUACAGACAAUUGGGCUCAUAUUGGCGGAUUUGUUGCAGGGUUGCUAUGGUCGUUCGCAAGUAUGGAAUCAUUUCCCAGAAAAUUCAAAGCUUUAAAGAAAACAAACGAAUGUAAUUCAGAAAAAAAUGGAAAUUUACCACUUAACCAAGAUAAAGCUCAGCCUUCUUGUAAAGUCAAUUCAACUGAUAUUGAAGCCGCAAAUUACAAGAGCUCAACCGAAAAAAAUUCAUCAACUAUAGAGUCUAUUUUAGACGUUGAAAGUAAGGAACAAUAUCUUGGAAAACGCUUCACUCCGGUUAACUGUGCAUGUAGUGGUGGUAUUCAAACAGUCAGAGUUUUUUCACUACUGAUAUUAUUAUCUUUAUUAACCAUUGGGUUCUUGUUUUUGUUAUAUAAGCCACUGUACACCAAGUUUAAUUUGACGCUUGGUCAUCUUUCAUUCUCCGGGAUACAACCAUGUAGCUGCUGCGACUCACCCGAAGGACUAUUUUGGUGUUCGAGUUCUCCAACGUGGAUCAAAAGAUGCGGAUAA